CACCAUGAACUUUGAAGGCCUUGACCCUUCCCUCGCCGAAUAUGCCCCUCCCCUGCACCCGGCGCUGGACCCGGUGCUCGACCCCCACCUCAACCCCAGCCUGCUGCAGAACGUGGAGCUGGACGCCGAGGGGGUGCCCCUGGAGGGCAUGGCCGUGCCCGAGUCGGUGCACCUGAUGGAGGGCAUCUACAGCGAGCUCCACACCGCGGUCUCCGAGGUCGGGGUGCCUGUGGCUGUCUCCCAUUUCGACCUCCACGAGGAGAUGCUUUGGGUUGGGAACCACGGGGGCCAUGCCACCUCCUUCUUCGGGCCCACCCUGGAGCGCUACUCCUCCUUCCAAGUGCACAGCAGCGACGAGAUCCGCCAGAUCCAGAGCCUGGAGAACGGAGUCCUCUUCCUCACCAAAGCCAGCCUCAAGUACCUCUCCCGGGGGGGCCUGAUCAUCUUUGACUACCUCAUGGAGGAGUCUGAGGACAUGCACAGCCUCCUGCUGACCGACAGCAGCACGCUGCUGGUCGGGGGGCUGCAGAGCCACGUCCUGGAGAUAGACCUCAACACCGUCCAGGAGACACAGAAGUACACGGUGGAGCUCCCUGGCAUCACCAUCCUCCGGCAGUCCAAUCGCUUCUUCUUCUGCGGCCACUCCUCGGGCAAGGUGUCGCUGCGGGACCCGCGCAGCUUCGCGGCCGAGCACGAGUUCGCCGCCCACUCCGGCAGCCUCUCGGACUUCGACGUCCACGGCAACCUGCUGGUCACCUGCGGCUACUCCAGCAGGAUGAACGGCCUGGCCUCCGACCGCUUCCUCAAGGUCUAUGACCUGAGGAUGAUGAGGGCCACCACCCCCCUGCAGGUCCACAUCGACCCUUCCUUCCUGCGCUUCAUCCCCACCUACACCUCCCGCCUGGCCAUCAUCUCCCAGACAGGUCAGUGCCAGUUCUGCGAGCCCACCGGCCUGGCCAACCCUGCUGACAUCUUCCACGUCAACACCGUGGGGCCUCUGGUCAUGACCUUCGACGUCUCGGCCAGCAAGCAGGCCUUGGCCUUUGGGGACUCUGAGGGCUGUGUCCACCUCUGGGCCGACUCCCCUGAGGUCACCUUCAACACCUACUCCCGGGAGACCGACUUUGCCCUGCCCUGCAUGGUGGACUCCUUGCCCCACCUGGACUGGAACCAGGACCUGGUGCCCCUCUCGCUCAUCCCCAUGCCGCUGCCCGGCGAUGCCCUCCUCUCCGACUGGCCGGCCGCCAACUCUGCUCCUGCCCCCAGGAGAGCUCCUCCUGUGGACCCCGAGAUCCUGCGCACCAUGAAGAAGGUUGGGUUCAUCGGCUACGCCCCCAACCCCCGCACCAAGCUCCGCAACCAGAUUCCCUACAGGCUGAAGGAGUUGGACACUGAGUUUGACAGCUUCAGCCAGGUCCCCGAGUCCCCCAUCGGCCGUGAGGAGGAGCCACAUCUCUACAGGGUGGCCAAGAAGUACAGGAAGGUCACCAUCAAAUACUCCAAGCUGGGCCUGGAAGAUUUUGACUUCAAGCACUACAACAAAACCCUCUUUGCAGGGCUGGAGCCUCACAUUCCCAAUGCCUACUGCAACUGCAUGAUCCAGGUGCUGUAUUUCCUGGAGCCAGUCAGGUGCCUGGUGCAGAACCAUCUGUGCCAGAAGGAGUUCUGCCUGGGCUGUGAGCUGGGUUUGCUCUUCCAUAUGUUGGACCUGUCCCGAGGAGACCCCUGCCAGGGCAGCAACUUCCUGAGGGCUUUCCGCACCAUCCCCGAGGCCUCGGCCCUGGGGCUGAUCCUGGCUGACUCUGACGAGGCCACAGGCAAGGUGAACCUGGGGAGGCUGAUCCAGAGCUGGAACAGGUUCAUCCUCACCCAGCUGCACCAGGAGACCCAGGAGCAGGAGGGGCCCCAGGCCUACAGGGGGGCUGGCAGCAGCAGCUUUGGCUCCUCAGGGGACUCUGUCAUCGGGCAGCUCUUCAGCUGCGAGCUGGAGAACUGCAGCAUGUGCCGCUGCGGCCAGGAGACCGUGCGGCUCUCCUCCACCCUGCUCUUCACCCUCUCCUACCCUGAGAGCGCAGAGCAGCCAGGCCAGGCCUAUGAGUUUGCCCAGGUGCUGAGGAGGAGCAUCUGCCUGGAGCAGAACACCCAGGCCUGGUGUGAGAGCUGUGAGAAGUACCAGCCCACGGUGCAGACCAGGAACAUUCGCUGCCUGCCUGACGUCUUGGUCAUCAACUGCGAGGUCAACAGCUCCAAGGAGGCAGACUUCUGGAAGACCCAAGCUGAGUUUGCCUUCCAGAGGGCCAUGAUGAAGAGAGGAGGCUUUGAGCUCACCAAAGGCAAAGAGAUCUCCCUGGGGGACUGGAAGGAGCUGGGCAGCCCCAGCCCAGGGCAUUCCUAUCCUUCUGUGGAGGAACUGAAGAACAUUUGGAUCCCCCAUGCCAUCAAGAUGAAGCUGAGCAAGAGUAAGGAGCUGGAUGUCUGCAACUGGAGUGAGAAUGAGGAGCUGGGCCCAGGUGACGAUCCUGACUCUGUCUACAUCUACGACCUGAUGGCCACCGUGGUCCACAUCCUGGAUCCCCGCACGGGGGGCAGCUUGGUAGGACACAUCAAGGUGGGAGAGACCUACCACCAGAGGAAGGAGGGAGUCACCCACCAGCAGUGGUAUCUCUUCAACGACUUCCUCAUCGAGCCUGUGGACAAGUGUGAGGCAGUGCAGUUCGACAUGAGCUGGAAGGUUCCUGCCAUCCUCUACUACGCCCGCAGGAACCUCAACGCCAAGUACAACCUCGUCAUCAAGAACCCAAUCGAGGCCAGCGUGCUGCUGGCGGAGGCCUCCCUGGCUCGCAAGCAGCGCAAGUGCCACGCCACCUUCAUCCCCCUGAUGCUGAGUGAGAUGCCCCAGGCAGGGGACCUGGUGGGGCUGGAUGCUGAGUUUGUCACCUUGAAUGAGGAGGAGGCCGAGCUGCGCAGCGACGGCACCAAGUCCACCAUCAAGCCCAGCCAGAUGUCGGUGGCCAGGAUCAGCUGCGUGCGCGGCCAGGGCCCCAACGAGGGCGUGCCCUUCAUCGACGACUACAUCUCCACCCAGGAGCAGGUGGUGGAUUACCUGACCCAGUACUCAGGGAUCAAGCCAGGGGAUCUGGAUGCCAAGAUCUCCUCCAAGCACCUCACCACCCUCAAGUCCACCUACCUGAAGCUGCGCUUCCUCAUCGACGUGGGGGUGAAGUUCGUCGGCCAUGGGCUGCAGAAGGACUUCAGAGUCAUCAACCUGAUGGUGCCCAAGGACCAGGUGAUUGACACAGUCUACCUCUUCCACAUCCCCAGGAAGAGGAUGAUCUCCCUGCGCUUCCUCGCUUGGUACUUCCUGGACCUGAAGAUCCAGGGGGAGACUCACGACAGCAUCGAGGACGCUCGGACGGCGCUGCAGCUGUACCGCAAGUACCUGGAGCUGACCCCGCAGGGCACAGAGCCUGAGGAGUUCAGGAAGGUGCUGAAAGGCCUCUACGAGAAGGGCAGGAAGAUGGACUGGAAGGUGCCGGAGCCUGACAGCCAGAGCAGCCCCAAGCACGGGGCCGUGUACCCCCCGGUGCUGGCGCUGUGAUCGGCAGCCCCGGGCCCCCCCUGACGGCAGCGGACGCACAACAAACUGGAACCAGCAGCGGCGACUGAACUGUUCUUGACCCUGCCCGACCCCCGCGGGCCUCCCCCGGGGCCCGGCGCCCCGGGACUCCCUCUCUCU